AUGUGCUUUACAUUGUGCUCUGUUUAUUGGUUGCUUUUCUUUUCUGUCAUGUUCAGAGGGGGGUGUCUCGCUGCUAACUCUUUGUUGGAUGUAAAUUACUGGCUGGACGAUCUUCAAAUUCACCUUUUAUCUCAAAUCCUGGAUGCAGAUUUGCUGUCGGUGCCCAAACCCCCUGUUUUUGUUAAAGGCGAUUUCUUUGCUCCUCUUUCGGUACUUCUCAUCCAAAUAAAGUGUUUUCAAGAAAUUAUACACAUCGGUUAUGCGGUGUAUCACGUCCACAAGUUACCGUGGUUCCGGUCGUUGUCAUGGUACUUUCUCAUUACGAGCAACUAUUUUUUCUAUGGUCUGUCGAUGAUCGAUUACUUUGAAGUGCUUUUGCGUAAAGACCAAUUUCUCCGCUUUCUCGUCGUUCAUCAUCGAUUCAUUUCGUUCGUGCUGUACGUGAUUGGCUUCAUAUGGUUUGUGCUGAGCUUGGUGAAGCAUUACUACAUGCGACAGUUUUCACUCUUUGCAUGGACUCAUGUAACGUUGCUGUUAAUCGUGUCUCAGUCUUACCUGAUAAUUCAAAACACCUUUCAGGGGAUCAUAUGUGUUAUCGUUUUCGUCCUUAGGCUUAUCGUUCCGGUGUCGAUGAUCAUCUGCAACGAUAUUUCAGCUUACAUAUUCGGCUUUUUCUUUGGUCGAACUCCGCUGAUAAAAAUCUCACCUAAGAAGACCUGGGAAGGCUUUCUAGGCGGCGCAGUGUGCACGGUCAUUUUUGGCUUUGGAGCAAGUGAUAUAAAAUAUUUUUUUAUAACCUCUAAUCGCGUAUUUAGCUGUCCUAUGUACUUCUGCAUUACCCGUACUUCAUAUGCCCGGUUCAUGUGGCUGACGAUUCUGACACGUUGUCGACCGUCUGUCACAUAUCAUCCACGUUUCAGCUGCAGGAGUACCAGCUGCCGACCAUGA